AUGCCGGCGCAUCAUGGCCACCCACGUCCGGCGAUGUGCAUGGACGAUGCAGACGACCAGAGCGAUUGUCUAUUGAAUGGCCUCACGUUUUAUCCUAGAUCCAGCAUUGUUCCCGAUCCACCUGACAAUAUAUCUUCACCACAACCCGUCGAACCUCCAACAGCCAGCUCCAUGAUGAAAGGCCCGCGGAUCGUUGUCUUGGUCACAGGACCGGCAGGAUCUGGGAAAAGCACGCUGAUUAACAGCAUAGUGGGCAGCGAUAUCAUGCCUGUGGGGAAAGGAUUGUCACUGUGUACGCGCGAUGUCAAAGAGUCGGACGUGGUCAACAUCUCAGGGCACCAAGUAAUAUUCGUCGACACCCCUGGAUUUGAUAACAACACUAUGUCGGAUAAGGACGUCUUAAAGAAAAUCUAUGGAUAUUUGGAUGGAAAAUUGGCAGAAGGGGCUAUUGCGGGUGGCCUAAUCUAUUUGCACGACAUAACCAUCGACGUGAGCCCGAAGAACACAGCUCUGGCACCCAUGAAGAAAGUCUUUGAGCCCAGAGACGAGGUGUAUUCUAAACUUUUGCUCGUCGCUGGGAAAUGGGAGGCUCUCCCAGACUAUGAGAUGACGAAGGCGGAGGACAAGUGGAACCAACUUCGGACAGUCCAGUGGGCGGGCCUGAUGGACAGUGGAGCGAGGGUGCUUGCAAUCAGAGAUCUCAGAGAAGCGAGGGAGAGUUUUAAAGGCCUGAUUGGUACCUUUGCCAAGGAGUGCGAAAUCCAACCCAAAGUGCAACAAUUGAAAUCGCAGGGAGGAAGCCAGAGCAGUACUCGCCGUCGAGAUAGCGGCGUAUUGGCGCGAAUUCAUAACCUUUUGUCGAAGAUGUUCUCCUCGUCGACGGAUCUAUAG